AUGAUCUGGUACCUGCUCUAUCCACUGCGAGGAACAACAGAGGCCCCCGUCCUCUCGGCGUCUCACCCGCUUCGAAGAGUCCUCACUCGCUAUGGCCGCCAUGCCUCCCGCUAUGCAAUCACCACGCUGCUCAUCUCCGUCGCCGUGGCCUCGUUUCUAAUCUACCCGCUGCCCUUCAUCUACACCAGCCAUGUCAUCAACGGCGCCUCGACCCUGCCUCGCCAUGUCUGGACCGCCGCUCAGCCGCUGCCCUAUGAUAGCACAGCCAGUCCUGACAUUGUUAUGCGCUCCAUCUGGGUCCAUUCGAGCUACAUGCAGGCAUUGAGUCACGACAUCCUCCUGUCGGCCCUUGAUUUGCAGGAUGAGCUUCUGGGCGAUACCCGCGACUUCGGCCCCAGCAGAUCCUUUGGCCUGCUCCCUCCCCCCAGUGACUCCGAAUCUCCCCUGACUCCAGCUCAGCGGGAUGCUCUCCACAUCGUCAAUGGCUUGACCAACCAGUCGUGGAUAUUCCAUUCGCCGCUGCUGUAUUGGAACUGCUCCCGCGAGCGCAUUCUGGCCGACGACGAUAUCCUGGCCACGGUCAAUGCCAGGAAGAACCACACCACUCCCGCAAACAUCACUCUGCGACAUUCCAUCGUUUUCAGUGGGAAGCGAUUCGAGGACCGCCGCUUGUUGGCCGCCGAUGCUCUCGUCAUCACUCUGCUGUAUCGAACUGAUUCCCCCGUUGGGCGCCAGUGGGAGGCCGUAGCACCGUCCUUGCCUCUCAAGGUGGGCGACAAAUGGGAUAUAUAUCCUCCGAGCGGCCAUGUGUCGGCUAGUCAACUCUAUGAGUUCCAAUUCAGGCCCAUGUCGGUGCAGGAUUCCAUCAUUCUUGCUUUAGCCUAUACGCUAUCCCUGUUGUACUUCCUCCAGCAAGUGUCCAAGGUUCGCGCCGUCAAGUCCAAACUGGGCCUCAUUGUCACAGUCAUGACUCAGAUUAUCAUGUCGAUUGCGGCAAGCUUCACCAUUUGCGGCGUCUUCCAAAUCGACUUGUCUCGCAUCCCACGAGCUGCAUAUCCCCUCGUCAUACUAUCCAUGAGCUUGGAGCAUAUUCUUCGUCUGAUGGAUGCUGUUGUUCGCACUCCCUCAGGAGAAAGCACAAGCAGCAGGAUAGGUUCUGCCUUUGGAGAGACUGCGCCUACUGCCCUGGUCAGCACUGUUCAAAACUUCUUGAUCCUCCUUGGCUUGUCCUAUGUUGUUACGCCAAGCGUAUCCGCAUUCUGCAUCUUUGCGGCAAUUGCCAUUGUGCUCGACUUUCUCUUCCUUUCCAGCUUCUUCAUCUCUGUCCUCAGUGUUGACGUGCGUCGAAUGGAGCUUGGGGAUGCUCUCGCCAAAGAGGCUAUGCGUCGCAAACGAAAAGCACGCCGCGUUCGAGAGAACCCGUCCUGGGUGAAGCGUAUGCUUGAAGGGAAAAUCGCUCUGUCAACACGCAUUGCGGGCACAAUCGUCAUGAUAAGCUUCAUCAUCAUCGCGCAGUCUCACUUUUUCGGUGGUGGCGAUAUUUCCCAGAGAUUGGCUCACCUAUACAAUGGCCAGGAUCUAGAGCCCAACGUGUCAUCGCCCGAGGCGUCCCCUCUAGAGGAUAUCCACCAAGCAAGGACUCCUACGUCUUGGCUACGGCUGCAAGAUCAUGAUGCCGCCCGUGAAAUCAUCCGCCUCAUAAAGCCUUCAGCCUAUAGCUACAUAGCUAGAGUCUAUGAGCCGUUAGUGUUUGUAAAAAAGGGGUCCAACCGAGUGCCGAUGAUGAAAGAGCCCGCGCUACUACCGGCGAUAUAUGACUUUGCCCACCACCAACUGCGUACAUUCGUCUUCAUCGACAUUGUUGUGGUUGCUUUGCUUCGUCUAUUGAUAAGCUACCUACUGCCUGAGGACGAGACCAAGGCGGAAGAGCUGCAAGACUCAAGUGACCAGUCCAGCCUGUCUGUGAAAACACUCUCUGGGGGGCACACACUCGAUAUAGCUAUGCUCGCUUACUCCCCAAGAGGCUAUGCGAUAUCUGUUGGCCUAGAUCGUAUGAUUCGCUUGUGGGAUCUGAACCACAGGAAUAAAGGAUUCACAAUCUCUAACCUGGAUAGGGAAAUCGUGGUCAAGUUUCCCGUACUUGCAGUGGCCAUGGAUGAAGACUCGGACUGGCUAGCGAUCCUAUCAUCCGAUAUGGUCAUCUUUUGGAAUGUUAUAACCCAUGUCCACGGCUCGUCCGUGGCUGUAGAGACCUACAACCAGAGGCCAGAGGCCUUCUUUCUGGAACCAACCGCAUCAUCAGAUGUUCCAAGAGCAGUCAUAGUAUGGAAGGACGGGACUGCAGUAGAUGUAGAGCCGGCCUCGGGAGUAACCCGCAAGUCUACCAUCUGCCCAGGCUUGACAUGUGCCCGCCCGCUGCUAAGUAAAGGUGAAUCCGCGAUUUUUGGUAAGCAUCCGAUGGUCUGCCUUGUAGCAACAUCUCGAAAUGGAGAUGUACACAUCAUGGAAAGAGAUGGCUUAUCGUGGGAAAGGCGGAAUCUUCUCUCCAGAAGACUUGCAAGCGAUGAAAUCCACCAAGUGGUGGCUCUUUCACCUCUCUCCUACUUCCUUGCAUCGUCCAAAACGCACGUUCAUCUUAUAAACCUGGACGAUGGAAAUACCGUGUGGACCUUCUCCAUAGAAGAGAUGCGGCCACGUUCACUUACAUGCGCCUUCACCUGCCAUCGAUCGCCAAAUGCCCUGCCGCUAGGACUGAUAUCCUUCACGUUUAGUUACUUGGCGCUGGUCUCGGGCGACUGUGUUCUACACACGUUUUCGCCUCAGGAUGACGACGACGCGAUUUCUCUACAAAGUGUGAACGAUGUAGGUGCGAGCAGUGGAUGGUGCAGUUGGGCCGACGCAAAGGAACGCAAGAAGCACAUCGGUAACCCUGGUGUUUGGAGCAUUUUGUCCGACGGGAGCGCAUUGGGUCUUCGCCGCCGGCCUCGCACCGAGCCGAGAAGUCGUCAUAGACAUCACCCUCAGGCCAUGUCGGGGAUGCGGAACCGCAUGGCGAGCACACAAAGCCAGGAAUUUGGGGCCUUCAGCUGCUGGGAGUUGUGGAGGGCAGCGUCGAGUGACUGGGAAGAGGUGGACGAAACCGUGCCCCUAUUUGGCAGCGAUGAAGAUGCAGGGCAACUGAUUGUUUGUGAUCUAGGGCCCAGCGUAAGAGUUGGGCCAACAUCGGUCGCCUUUGCUUAUGGGAACAUCAUCAAGCUGGCAACGCUGAGCGGGCACAAGCCCUUUGAGACGGGAAUCGACGAAGUCAGUCGUGAAUCGCCAAUGAAUGUGCCGGCGAGGCGUCGCAAGAUGGGGACAACAGCUAGGUCAGGACCAUUAAGCUAG